ACUUGGUGUGUUUCACUGAGACAAUGCUUGGUUUCUCAUAACUCGCGAAGACGAUUUCAGCGAAAAACUGUUCUAUAUGAGCACAUUUUUGUGUUCAAUUUCUUUUAACAGUGUACGUCACAACAAGUUCAAAGGACGACACAUGUCUGUCAUGUGUCAGCACUAAAGCUUAUCACUGAUCGGCCAGAUAAUACACCCACGCUCUUGCAACAUCAUUGAAAUAGACCCGUCUUUUCGUUUUUGAGACUUGCUGGUAACGCGCGUGUAAAUCGAGAUCAUCCAUCCUAACCCAAUGUUCUGCGGUGGCCGUUAGUGCGCGACAAAACUUCCUUUUAGGCUUUGGUUUUAAAACAUGUGUUAAAGUAAAAUUAGGUUAGAAAUAAUGCAUUAACGUAGCUGAAUAAUAUCUGAGUAGCGGACAACAGUGUUUCGGUCAAAAUUCGUUCAACCCAAGUAUAGAGAGGAACAAGCAGAUGGAAAAGUAGGCAGAGAUCUUUCAGGACCAGCCUCGAAUAAACUGUGCUUGCUGCGAAGCAGUACGCAUUAGUACUGAACCGAGUGCGCUUCAUGAUAACCACAAGUUUAGUGAUGUGAAGUUUUUGUUCAACCUUACAACAGUGAGCGACCAAUAAUAAUUUUCACUUUCACCACGCAAUGAAGCUGCAUUGCAUGUUGUUAACAUUUAUGCUUACAUCUGCUGCGUGCAGGGUCAGAGGCACCGUUUACACCAACAAUUGGUUGAGAUACUUGAAUCCGUUAAAUUACGGCACCAGCUGGUUCCAAUACCUGAACCCGUUCCACAAAACCAGCCCGACUCAGCAUCACCGCCCCAACUUAACCGCCUCGCCGGGCAACACCUCGAAAAACGUAGACAAGGUGUUCGACUACAUGUUGGGCAAGGUCCGCACGCUACUGGUGAACGCCGGGCAAAGGACCAUUUCCAUCCCGGACAUUAGCGAGCCCUUCCAGAAACUCGGGAUUCAGGGGCAGUUCAGGUCGUGGAACGGGUCUUUCGAGGACCUGAGCACGAUCUACCGGACGGGCGACAUCCAGGCGGACGUGCGUCCUGCCUCGCUCCGCGUGCGUUUCUCCGUGGGCCUCAAAGACGCGCUCCUCAGGUACGAGAACUACCACAUCAGGUUCCUCAACGUGGGCCCGGACGGGCGGCUCGCCAUGAAGAUCUCCGACAAUUCGCUCAACGUAGACGUGACGGUGUCGUACAACCCCAAGGUGGGCAUCAGCCGCUCCUGCAAGGUCAAGCUCAACCGCAUCCGCCUCGACAAAUUCGACGGCGUCCAGGUGGACAUGACAGGGCUGGGCCCCUUCAACUGGGGCCUCAACAUGGUGUCGCGCUGGGCCCUCGGGGCGCUUCAGACGGACAUCAAGGAUAAGUUCGAGAGCGUCAUCAAAUCGAACCUCCAAUCGGUGCUCGACUAUGGCGAUCUGUGUAGAAAGCUGAGGACUGGAUAAAAGGAUAAAGUAAGGACGCACACCGCAGUUCCGCUGCACACCGUAACCUUUCCGACGGUAAUUAACGAGGCAUAUGUGCAGGCAUUAGAGUGUAAUGUUCAAAUGCAAACCCUGCAGGAAGAAUUCUACGCGAAGGGCUAGUUUGGUUGGCUACCAAAAAGAAUAGGAAUAAGGGCGCUAUUUCCGACUGGCUUUGUCCAUUUCUUUUCAGCAUUCGCGUCCAAAUAAUAGAAAAGCUUGAAUGUUCAAAGGUGAAAUUUUGGACCCUACUUUGGCUGAUAACUUGGAGAAAAUUACCUCCGAUAAGUUUCUAUGAUAGUUAAAAGCUCCACGAUAAGUUUCGCGUUUAGAACCGAAUGCGAGAGGUGCCAGCAAGUGGCGUAACCCUGCAUCUAAGUCACUUAACACGAAAAAAGUGACAAUGAAUUACUGAUUGCAGAAUGAAUACGCCUGGAAAAUUAUACUUUGUCUAAAAUGUAAGAUUCUGAUUCAAUUCA